AAAUGUGGAGUUCGGUGGCUCCAGAUGAUCCCCAAGGGUCGGCGCCCUCGGCUAGGGCAAAACACAGUGCCACCAUUGUGGGGGAGUAUGUUUACGUUUUGGGGGGACGCAAUGGGAAUCUGCCUUUGAAGGAUUUCUGGAGAUACAAUUUAGUUACUGGCAAAUGGCAACAACUGAAACCAACAGGAGACAAGUUACCUUCUCUACAAGAACACACAGCAGUAGCUUACAAAGACAAUAUCUACGUAUUUGGGGGAGAAGUCAGCUUUUCAGCCAGUACAGAAACACCUCUGUGGGUCUACGACAUCAGAAACAACAGUUUCAGAAAAGUAAAAACCAAAAAAGGUGUGGCAACGCCGAAAGGUCGCCGGGGACAUACAGCACUGGUGCAUAAUGGCGCUAUGCUUAUUUAUGGCGGAUAUCAGGAUUUGAAAGGGUCUUGUGGUGAUUUGUGGGCCUUUCAUUUUGACACUGAAUCUUGGCAUUUGGUGUUCACUCCUCCUAACAAGAGUUCUGAGCAAUGUCCACCAUCACGCCACAAGCAUUCUGCAGCUAUUCAUGAAGAAACUCUUUGGAUAUAUGGAGGCAUGACAGACCUUCAAGAACGCAGCGAUUUGUGGAAGUUUGACUUUUACACGAAAAUCUGGACGAAUAUCAAGACCAAAGUGAAUCCUGGACCUCUCCACAGUCAUGCUUGCUGUAAAAUGCCUUCUUCCAUGAUCCUGUUUGGUGGUGAAAGGAAUGGGCAAAGUUCCAACGAUCUGUGGAAGUUUAUUUUUGAUGUAGAAUCAUGGGAAAAGAUCGUGAUCAACGGAGUGAAACCUCAACCCAGAUCAGAAAGCAGAGCGUUGAUAGUCUCAGAAUUAUUACUGAACGGUUCCUCCAAGGCUUCUUUUGAGUCAAAAACAGUCAGGAUCAGAGCUAGGACCUGUAAUUCGGUGGACAGAGGCAACAGGCAUUCUUCAUACCUUCCUAAUAACCGAGUAGCUCCCUCAGAAAACACAUAUGUCUUUCAACCUUCACAAUUCAACUAUACUGAUGGUAGCAAUUUAGUUCAGCAAUAUUCCGAUGCCCGAUCUUCCAAGACCAGCUUUCUCCAAGAAAUAACGAAAUUAUCCCAAAUUAACAUUUCCAAGAUUAGCAAUAAGUGUAACUACACAGUAUUAUCCAAGGGAAGGGCUACAGAUAGUACUGAAAGCCUUCUAAGGCAGCACUCAAGUCCUCAGCAGGAAAUCAACACAACCCUGGCUGAGCCAGAACAAAAUAUGACGCCAUCAAGGGGAACCAUGGUAAAAUCCAAAUCGGCCUACGUCAUCAAGAAGAAGUACCAUGACAGUUCGCCAACAACAACCGAAGAAGAUGAAGAAGAACAAGUCAAAGAAGUGUCCAGGAAGAAACGCGUGGAAUUUGACAGCAACAUCAAAAAAAUCCCCAGGGAACCGAUAUCAGUGCCAAACUUCAGUAUGCUGACGCUGCCAACUCCUGUACUCACCCCAGUAGAAGCUUCGAAGUUGGUCUAUUUGACUGAUGAGGAGACUGACGUGGAGACUAAGGCAUCGGCUGUCAAAAAUACACCUGAGGUCGAAUCUGAAGAGACUGAAGACGAGUACGAUAAUUUGAAGCCUCUGAAACGUGCUGAUAGUUACAGUUCUCACCUGGGUUACGCUGACAACCCCCUCUAUCAGGAAAUGAUCGAAAAAUCUGAAGAACUUGCAUCUUCUACUUCAGACUACUACAGUAUAGAAACUGUGAAUCGCCUGUCUUCAGCGAGUAGUUAUAGUGUGAAGACAAAUACUCCACAAGAAAAUAAAGAAACAGUGAAAGAAGGACCCUUUGGUUUCUGCAACCCCAACUACCUUGGCCCUUCUACAAACAAAUCCAUGCUCACCAACGACGAAAAAAAGUCCUUCAACAAAAUCUUUCCCUCAGACACGCCAGAACAUCGUCCAAAAGACGAGGAAGACAUUCUGGAACUCCUCAGCUACGACGGCAUCCUGGAUAAGAACACCAAAGUCAUUUACAGGCAGUCGAGUCGGUCAGACAGGCCUGCCAACUUGCCUCUGCACAGGAAUCACUUAAGAAAGGGGUCGGGGCAUAGAGCUCAUAGUGCUGGAAGGGCCGAGAAUAGAGGAAAGAGUUUGGAGAAACAGAGUUCAAUGAAGGAACCUGCUGAAUAUGUUGAUCCUUUUAUUCCAUUGUAUGUUUAUAUUAUUGGUGGUAAGGAGCAAGGGCAUGUUACGGUUUUCCAAAGACCUAUAUCGAUUUGGAGGCUAAAACUCUUCUAAAAAUAUAUAAUAUUUUUGAGUCUUAUAGUUUUAAAAUAAUUCGUUGAUCAAUCUUAAAAAUAAAAAAAACUGUCUAUACUUCUGUGGCGGAUUCAUCUCUUCAAAAAAUAGGCCUAUGCCCAAGAAAACUCCUUGAAUUUUUGAUAUAAUCUUAACUUUGAAAGAUCUAAAAACGAAUUGUGAAAGAUU